GCCCGCCUCCCCCGCCAGCCCCGCCGUCCGUGCGUCCGUCCGUCCAUCCGUCCGUCCGUCCGUCCGUCCGUCCCGGCCCGCGGCGCCGCGCCCGCCGGCCAUGAGCUCCACGCAGUUCAACAAGGGACCCUCGUACGGGCUCUCGGCCGAGGUCAAGAACCGGCUCCUGUCCAAAUAUGACCCUCAGAAGGAGGCGGAGCUACGGAGCUGGAUCGAGGGGCUCACUGGCCUCUCCAUCGGCCCCGACUUUCAGAAGGGCCUGAAGGACGGGGUCAUCCUGUGCACGCUCAUGAAUAAGCUGCAGCCGGGCUCGGUCCCCAAGAUCAACCGCUCCAUGCAGAACUGGCACCAGCUCGAAAACCUCUCCAACUUCAUCAAGGCCAUGGUCAGCUACGGCAUGAACCCCGUGGACCUGUUUGAGGCCAAUGACCUGUUUGAGAGUGGGAACUUGACGCAGGUGCAGGUGUCUCUUCUCGCCCUGGCCGGGAAGGCCAAGACGAAGGGGCUGCAGAGCGGCGUGGACAUCGGCGUCAAGUACUCGGAGAGGCAGGAGCGGAACUUCGAUGACGCCACCAUGAAGGCGGGCCAGUGCGUCAUCGGGCUCCAGAUGGGCACCAACAAAUGUGCUAGCCAGUCGGGCAUGACCGCUUACGGCACCAGAAGGCAUCUGUACGACCCCAAGAACCAUAUCCUGCCCCCCAUGGACCACUCAACCAUCAGCCUGCAGAUGGGCACAAACAAGUGUGCCAGCCAGGUGGGCAUGACAGCUCCCGGGACCCGGCGGCACAUCUACGACACCAAACUGGGGACGGACAAGUGUGACAAUUCCUCCAUGUCCCUGCAGAUGGGCUACACGCAGGGCGCCAACCAGAGUGGCCAGGUCUUUGGCCUGGGCCGGCAGAUAUACGACCCCAAGUACUGCCCGCAAGGCCCAGCGGCCGAUGGGGCUCAAGUGGCUGCCGGAGACAGCCCAGGCCCGGGGGAGGCCCCAGAGUACCCCCCCUACUACCAGGAGGAGGCAGGCUACUGAGACGCCCGUGCGGGCUGUCUCCCCAGCGCCCCAUCUGGGUUUUCGGGGUUUUCUGUGUUUUUGUCUUGUCUUUCUUCAUGUCUGAGUGCUGCCAGCUGAGGGUCUGGGGGAAGGGGUGAAGGCCAUAUCCAGAUGCAUGUGGGGUGGGGGGGUGUCCGCCAGGGCACCUCCAGGCAUCCCAUCACGUUCCCCAGCAGGCCAGACUGCAGCAGGAGAGGGAGAAACCUGGGCAGGGAGAGGGACCAGCCCCAAGUGGUUUCCGGUUGCUUCUUUCCCUCUUCUCUUUUUUCUGCCGCUCACUCUGUGGUUUCUGUACCCACAGAAGUUUCAGGCAGUUUCAGUGAAAUGAAAAUACUUUUUUUUCAGGGGAGUGGUGGGCGGACGGUGGCGGGGGGUUGCUGGGAGACGGUCAGGCCACAGUCCCAAAAUAUUUUAGGCAUCAUGAGGUACUGGAUUUCCCUGGGAUCCUCAGACCACCACCCCUGGCCUCUCCCAGGGGCCCAGUGGGGACACUGAGGCCCAGGCAGGACAGUGGAGUUCUGAGUGGUUGAGGCAAAGCCAGACCCCUGCAUCCCUGUCCCGACACCCCCACCAAGUGCUGCACAGGGACCCCCACCCAGAGGCCGUCCUGGGGACCAGCCCCUGCCCAGGAGCCAUGGGACCAAGAAAUAAUGUGAAAUAACCAACUGUGGACCAAAGAAAAUAAAAACUUUUUUGGAAACGAA